CGCAUCUUCUUCACAGCGGCGGCCACAGCGCGCCUGCGCAGUGCAUCCAGAAGGGCUCGGCGGCGAUCGGUGCUGAAGUGGGGCGGAUGGCAGGAAAACCCAGCGGCGAUGGACAUUACGCCGCUGGCUCGCCGUCGACGAUGUCGCUAAACGUGCGUAGGGACUCCUCGCUUCCAUGCCCGGCAUUUUGAGACGCUGACAGCCCGAGACAAGAGGAUGCUGUACAUUCAUCGUCUGCUGUGCUUUUAAGUUCAUAAAUGGUUCUAUUACUACGCUACAAGGCAGCCUAAAAGGCGACGGUCAAACGGAGCAGGAAAUACGGGAGGACAUUUGGCAAAACCUCACAUUAGCUUCAGCGUCCAUUUUUUUUUUUUUUUUUUUGCCAACUGGUCAGGGAUGGUGACACCAGUAACUCCUCUUCCCUCUGGUGAAAACACCCUCUUUGUUGUGUCCCGCAUCUCCUGUAAGCCAAACAGCCAGUCCAUCAGCCAAACAGACAGUCAGACAGUCCAACAGUCCAUACCUUUGUCAACCAGCUUGCUACCGUCCAGCAACCUGUUACCUCACGCCAUGGCUGCUCUGUCUGACCUGUGUUUAGGAACUCACUAAUUCAUGCCCUGCAGUGUGAGUGGAGUGGAGAUGAGAAAAAGGCAGGCGGCUCAUAUCGAGGCCCCACCCCAGGCCCCCGGACAGCCCCGACCCAACACCUGCUGCCUCUGCUGGUGUGGCUGCUGCAAGUGUCUGUGGAAUGAGGAGAGAAUGGAGAGAAAUGAACGGCAAACCUGCACCAUGAUGGACAGUAUUGACGCUGCUGAAGAACAACACCCCAGUCUGGAGGAGUUGCUGUCGUGGGCGCGGAGCUUUGACAUGAUGCUGCGCUCCUUCGAGGGCCGGGAGAUCUUCCGGGAGUUUCUGCGCUCUGAGUACAGCGAGGACAACCUGCUUUUCUGGUUGGCCUGCGAAGAGUUGAAGAAGGAGACGAACCCCUCGGUGGUGGACGAGAAGGCUAGGAUCAUAUACGAAGAUUACGUCUCUAUAUUAUCACCCAAAGAGGUGAGUCUGGACUCUCGUGUCAGGGAAGGAAUAAACCAGAGCCUCGCGGAGCCCAGCAACGCAAUGUACGAGGAGGCCCAACUCCAGAUUUACACCCUGAUGCACCGUGACUCCUUCCCCCGUUUCCUCAACUCCUCAGUUUACAGAGACCUCCUGGCCAGCAGGAGGCGCACCUGCCUCGACACUUAAACCUCUCCGUCUUUCGUCAUCGCCAUCGUACGCCAACGAAACCACUACUUAAAACUUUCAAGUUCUACAAUGGUGCCAGAAGCUGGGUUUGGAGAAUCUCUCACUGUUGUGACUGAACAGACUGAUAUCCAAGAUGGCUGGUUGGUUUUGUUAAUUUAUAUUUUUGAAGCAAUUUCCAUCCAGUUGUCCACUGGAGCCAGGUCGGCCUUUGCUGGCUGCUUUUUGGUCGGUUAAAGACCACGAAUGCUUGCCAGUGAUUGUUUUGCUAACAAUGUGUGCUGUUCGUUAGGAAAAACCACGACCGGAGGAGAUACGAAUCAGUUUUUGACGGCCAACCGGAUGGCCUGGAUAAUCUGGGACUCCUCGGGUCCUGAGGACAGAAGGAACGUGAGAGGCAGAAAGGACAAACUCAAUGUUACCGUACUGUAAUAUUUAGACCUCAUGCUUUUUACACUCUAAAUCCUGGAUUUACUCACUAUCUUUCUAAAUUUUAUUUAUUUAUUUGAUUCUAUGGAAUUCUCCAGCUUCGAUAGCUGUUUAUAUUUGUCCACCUUUGGAACACGAAGCCCAUGUGUUGGUGGGAAUUAGGGCGUGUUGGCCCGGUAACCAGUAGAAACGCUGGCUCCGCAUGCAGCUCUCUCCUCCUUUUCUCUGUUCUCUCGACACUGUAGCUUGAUGAUAAAAGCCGUGGACUGCAA